UACAAAAAUAUAUAUAUAUACAUAUGGAUUGUUUAUGUCAGUUCUGAUCAAAACUGACAGCUAUAAAUAGAAUUUUUGUGUGAAAAGACUUGGAUAUAAAAACCGCCAAAAUUGUGGAGGCAAUUAAAAUGAAGACUGAGCUGCGUUCCUGCGCAGCGUGCGGCGAACCAAUCUCGGAUAGGUUUUUUCUAGAGGUUGGAGGCUGCUCGUGGCAUGCCCAUUGCCUGAGAUGUUGCAUGUGCAUGUGUCCGCUGGAUCGUCAACAGUCAUGCUACAUACGGGAAAGGCAGGUCUACUGUAAGGCCGAUUAUAGCAAAAAUUUUGGCGCCAAGUGCUCAAAAUGCUGUCGCGGCAUCUCCGCCUCGGACUGGGUGAGACGAGCUCGUGAUUUGGUCUUUCAUUUGGCCUGCUUUGCCUGCGAUCAGUGUGGACGACAAUUGUCGACUGGCGAACAGUUUGCAUUGAUGGAUGACCGGGUGCUCUGCAAGGCUCAUUAUCUGGAAACGGUUGAGGGUGGCACCACAUCAAGUGACGAUGGCUGUGAUGGUGAUGGUUAUCAUAAGAGUAAAACGAAACGUGUACGCACCACAUUUACCGAGGAGCAAUUGCAAGUGCUGCAGGCCAACUUUCAGAUUGACAGUAAUCCGGAUGGUCAGGAUUUGGAGCGUAUUGCCUCGGUGACCGGUCUGAGCAAGCGUGUGACGCAAGUUUGGUUUCAGAAUUCGCGUGCAAGGCAGAAAAAACACAUACAUGCUGGUAAGAAUAAAAUACGCGAACCGGAAGGAAGCUCAUUUGCGCGUCAUAUUAACCUGCAGUUAACGUAUUCAUUUCAGAAUAACGCACAAAAUCCAAUGCAUUUGAAUGGUAGUAAAACGGGUCUAUACCCAGCACAUGAAUCCUCCAUGGAUGAGUUAUCACAAGACUCAAGCGUUCAUUGUAUGCCCAGCGAGGUGUGACUAGAGCAGUCAUCGCCGGCACGAGCUCAUCGAUAGCUCGGGUUAGCCCUGUGCUCCACAAAGGCACAACCAACAAAACGUCCUUUCCUAGUCAAAAUUUGAUGUAAAAACAAAAAACAAAAAAAAAGAAGAGAACACAAAAACACAGCUUACAAAAAAACAACAAGAAAUGCAAAAAAACUAUCAUACAAUAAAUCAAGAAAUCAGCACUCAUUGCAAAACAAAAAAAUAAUAUUAAUAAAUAAUAUUUAAAGAAAAAUUUCCAUCAUAUACAAAGCUCACCCAGUCUAUGCUUUGAGCAUUCCAAAAACGAUUCCAAUCAUCAUCAAUUCAUUCCACAAUUCAAUCUCAAGACAGACUCAAUCACAAAACAUUCCUGCAUUGUAUAGGCUAAGAGAUUUCGUUUUUUAGUUAAUUUAAUUUAAAUGAAAUUUAAAUUUUAAUUUAGUUUAAUACUAAUUCAUAUAAUUGUUAAGUGUUUUUUUUCACCCACCACCUACUCCUCCUCCUUCUCCUCCUUCUCCACCAUUUUCAUCUUUAUUACUCGUCGUUUCUUAAUCAUGUCCUUAAAUCAUUAAUUUAAGAUCAAAAAAAAAAAAAGAAAAGAAAACUGCUUGC